GAGCGUUGGAAACACGGGAAGGUUGUUCCGAAGUGUUCAGUUUGUUUCUGCCUGCCAGCUGAGCAACAUGGUACGAGAAGUGGAUCUGAGGAGCGACACAGUGACAAAGCCGACCCCCGCCAUGAGGAAGGCAAUGGCUGAGGCUGUGGUGGGAGAUGAUGUUUACAAAGAAGACCCAACUAUUAAUGAGCUGGAAGAAAAAAUUGCAGAAUUUCUUGGCAAGGAAGCAGCCCUCUUCGUCGCAUCCGGAACAAUGGGGAACCUUUCAGCAGUGAUGGCGCAUUGCUGGACAAGAGGACAAGAAAUAAUUAUGGGAGAUCAAUCUCAUAUGUUCAUGUAUGAGCAAGGAGGGAUUUCUUCACUGGCCGGUGUCCACGUUAGCAGCAUACCCACUCUGGAAGACGGGACCUUUGACUUGGAGGUACUGAAGGAAAAGAUUCGUCCGCGGAACCCGAAUAUGCACGAGCCUUCAACGGGUCUCAUUUGCCUCGAAAAUUCUCACAACAGAUGCGGUGGGAAGGUUCUGCCUCUGUCAUAUAUACGAGAAGUUUGCGCCCUGGCUCGCAAUAAUGAUAUCCCGGUUCACAUGGACGGUGCCAGAAUCAUCAAUGCUUCCGUACACUGCGGCGUUCCAGCGCAUGAGAUUGUCAAAGAGUGCGCAUCCGUCUCUAUGUGUCUUUCUAAGGGCAUAGGGGCACCAGUUGGUUCUGUUGUGGCAGGUUCCAAACAAUUCAUCGAAAGGGUUCAUAGAUGCCGUAAAGUGCUCGGCGGGGCUAUGCGGCAAGCCGGCGUCUUGGCAGCUGCAGCUCUCGUCGCGCUAGAGUCUGCAGAGGAAAGGAUACGAAUCGACCACCAGCGAACGAAAAAAUUUGCUCAAGAGAUCUACAAUUUGAAAAGCAAGCUUAUAACUUGUGAUCCAGCGAUCGAUUCAAACAUGAUUUUGCUUCAAUUUCCGUCACCCAACUUUACAAAUGAAGAUUUUGUUCGAAGAAUGGCUGAGGUGAAAAUAGAAGACAAAGAACAAGUUGUAGUGAAAGCCUGCCCUUGGUACAGAAAUCGAGUCCGAUGCGUUCUACAUUCGGACUUGACUCAAGAAGAUUUAGACAGUGCUCUAAUGAAGAUUCGCGCCAUCGUUUUGUAAAAAAAUAUCCUUAAAUAGAAUAAAAACCACUGAAAUAGUUAUAAAAAAAA